CAGAGUGUAAACUUAGGCAUACUUGAAUGAUGGAUAUUUUAGUGUAUUCGCAAGGAUUUUAGCUACAAAAUGUAUGAUACUGGAUAGCAAUGUCAAAUAUUCGUGUUGCAGUCAGAGUUCGACCACUAAGUAACAAAGAACAAGAGGAUGGCAGCCAAGAAAUAGUUCAGGUCAAUGAAAAUGUAGUCCGGAUCGAAAAUAUUAAGGUCCGUGGAGUUCCAGAGUUUGGUGAUACAGCUCGUGCACGUGCCCGCGACUUCACAUUCGACCAUGUGUACGACAGUGUACAAGGCAACGCUCCAUGCGCAUCGCAGGCUCAGGCAUCGAACCCCCUUGGACCCUGGGCUGAAGCUGGCAAUCACCUUGAGGUUUUUGGCGACCGGAAGCAGGUACCACGAUCUUGCGAUUGCGUUUCGUGUCCCACACAACACCAUCGCACUUUUCAGCCCGAGGUGUGUCAGGCCAUCUACGACGUAUACGAGGAUGAGAUGUGGGCCACUCCCCAGACAGAAGAUGAAUGGCGCCCGGUGGCCGAGGGAUUCGGAGACAGGUGGAACUUCCCCCACUGUUGUGGCGCGAUCGAUGGGAAGCACGUCGCAAUCAAGAAGCCCCCCAAGAGUGGCUCACUCUACUACAACUAUAAAGGCUUCUUUUCUAUCGUCAUGCUUGCGGUGGUAGACUCGAACUACAAGUUCAUCUGGGUGGAUGUGGGGUCACCAGGGUCGUGUUCCGAUGCCGACAUCUUUAACCGGUCGCGGCUAGAGCCAGGUCUUCGUGAGGGAACGAUCGGACUCCCCCAACCGGAUUCCCUGCCUAAUGACGACCGGGACACACCCUACAACAUGGUCGGAGACGACGCCUUCCCCCUUCGGCAAUACAUGUUAAAGCCCUACCCUCAUCGUCACCUGGCACGGGACGAGCGGAUCUUCAAUUACCGGUGUUCCAGGGCACGCCGUGUGGUUGAAAAUGCGUUUGGUAUACUUGCCAAUCGCUUCAUAAGUCUUCUAACAACCCUGGGAAUGAGACCGUCGACAGUUACUAAGACCGUCAUGGCCUGCAUGACCCUACACAACCUCAUGAGGACUCGUUACCCCAACAUUCAGUAUGCCGAUCUCGACCGGGAAGAUGAGCAGGGCCAGUUCAUCGCGGGUGCAUGGCGAGACCAAGCCGUGCUCGAAGAUGUGCAAGCAGCAGGGAACGAACCAAGAUUGACCGGACCAGGCAAAGAACUGCGCGCAUACCUCAAGAAUUACUUUUGCAGUCCUGCCGGGAGUGUGCCAUGGUCUUCAAUGAUCUUGGUGCACAGGUUCUCCACAAUGCGUUCGGCGGGUUUAACGCCUGCGUGUUCGCGUACGGGCAGACAGGCUCUGGCAAGACACACACAAUGAUGGGAUAUCCGAUCUGAGUCAGGGGUCAGGCGUCUUCCCAGAGUAGCUUAAACGAAGCAGGAACGGGAACAUCAGUGUGAUAUGGUUACCAUGACAACAAUUAGCUAGUGACCACCUGUUAAAACGAGGACGAAUUUUUUUCUGAAUCUAAAGACGUUUGUAAACUCUGGAAUGUUAUGAUCCCAAUUUGUGAAUGAGCUAGAAAAUUCUGCUGUUUAAAUGCACCUGAAUGAGUUGUGUGUAGGUAACUGGUUUAUGGAAAUUGCACAGGCCCUUUACAUUGUUACAGAUUUUGUUAAUUGUGUUACAGAUUCUGUGUGACACUGUUACAAAUUUUAUUAGUGUUCUAUUCUAAUUGUGAAACAGAUUCUGUGUGACAUUGUUACAGAUUUUAUAAGUGGUCCAUGUCAUGUUAACCAAUAAAUGCAUGUAGAAAUGCCAUAUUUAUGUCCACUAUGCAAAGAAAAAAAAUUCUUUUAUCAUAGAAAAUAGCGUCAAAUAAAUCAUUUUGAUGUUUAAAAUACAUAUAUUCAACCACAUUAAAUAGAAAACACUGGACUUCUGAUUUUUGAAUACUAAUUAAUCAGUGAUAUAAUUAUGGUUUGAAAUUGUCUAGAAAUUAAUCGAUGAAACAACUGUAAGGGCUAUGAAACAUUUAGUUUUAUUUACUUAAUUGGUAAUUUUCAACCUGUAUUGGGACCAAAAAAUUCGGGUAUGGAAAUUUUAGUUCAGAUUUGUUUCUAUUGCAAGGAACAUAACAAUUUUAUGUAUAUUUUGUUACAUUUAUUCUUUUGUUAGAGGAUACAAUAAUGUCUGUUACUUAGUUGGCUCAUUUUUACGCAUCAUUUUGUUUUGUUCUGUCUUGUGUACAAAAUCGUGCAGUUACGCCAUUAACCUGGAAACAUGAAUUUUGAUAUAUAUAUUUGUUAUUGAUUAUUGUCACAAACUGUUGCGAUAUAAGUUUCUGUUUAUGAUUUAUGACUUAUUACAUGUAAUGAUUUAGUUAUAUGUUGCUGGCAUGAUGUUGUUUGGCAUUAAAUUUAAGGACUUCAGCAUGCGUUGCAAACAAAUUUAGAAAAUCCUUAUUUUAAUUUGGUAUUAAAGGGACUAGACACCUGAUGGUCCCGAUAUCGGCCAGUAAUACAUAAUUUCACACGAUUCAAAGGCUAUUUUGUCAUUGUCUUACCUGUUUAAAAUUAGCGCAUAAUGGUUUCCCAGUUUAAAGUGUGUAUAUUUUGCAUGCGAUAAUAACAGUUGCAUAUAUUGGCGCUAUUUUAAAAUUUAUUCGGAUUUACGUGGUAGACAAAGCCAGUAAAUUUCAAAUCGGAAAAAUACGCAAAAGGCGAAAGAUACAAUCAUGUUUUGUAAGCAAUGUGUUACACCAGUAAGUUUUAAUGUGUAGAAUCAAUUUUUUUUAAGUUUUUGACAAUUUUCUUUUUCUUGCAAUGGUAUCAUCUGGUGUCUAGUCCCUUUAAGUGUUCUGUUUCAUAAGCAAUAUCCAUUGAGUACAGAAUUGUACUGCAGAUAGUAUGGGGUUAAUUGUCAUAGAAUAUUCUAAUCACUGCCUGCAUGCUAUAGAUCAUGUUAUGUUUCUUGACAAUUGCUCCCCAGUCCAUUUCAGAAAGAUCAUGAAAUUCAUUUUUUUUUAAAAGGAAAUCAUACUUGACCUGAAUUAUUUUUCUGUGCAUUAUCUGUCCUAACAUAUCAUCAUCCAUUGAAAAUUUGAUAUGAAAGUGCAUGAUGAAAGCCAUAUUCACUGUACCGAUUUUCUGUUGAUAAAAAUUGACAUGUAAAAAUAAUCGUGUAGGUAUUUGAAUUUUUUUGCUUAUAAGAUGAUGAAUACGCUUCAAACAAUAUGGUAAUUGAAAAUAUUUUGGAUUGGUGUUAUGUAGUUUAACUUUUUAUUUAUUAUAGAUUAAAAAUAUUUAUGUAGAAAUGUUAUAGACAAAUAAAAAUAUAAGUUAAUAGUGACACAUGCUAAUUUUAAUUGAUACAGGGUGUUUUUCAUACACAUCAUCAAAUAACGCAAGGUUAAUGGCCUGAAAUAAAAUAUUGAAUUUUCUUCUCCCAUGACCAAACUGCAAAAAUCAGCUUGACCGAAAUGAUUUUAAUCCUUAUAUUUAAAGAUAAGAUUAUUUAUUUUGAUUUUGUAUUCUUGACCAAGCUUGUUUAAAUUCAAAUAUUUGUCGACUCUGACCAACACAGUAUAUCUCUCUGGGUCGUGGAAGUAAACCAAAGAACAUAUUGCAUCUUGCCUUACAGAUUCUUUUCAAAUUUGUACAUAUCUCAGAUUUGUCAUAAUCUUUAUGUGCCACUGAAAAUCUGUGAUAAAUUUAAAUCUCGUCGAAUUUCUGUGGUAUAUCUGUCAUAUAAUGUGAAUUGUACACUUAAACCUCAUAUUUUCAAAUGAUAAAGACCACAAUUGUAGUCUUCAGUGUCAAAUUCAAUGUGUUUGCCUUCAAACUAAUGAUUUAUUAUUGGCUAAGAACUACCAUCCUCUUUAUUGUGAUGACUUUUGCAAGUAUUCUUUCCUCUUUUGUUAUGAAGUUGUACACAGGGAUGAUGAUCGGAAACAUGAAAAUAAUCUGGAAUUCUAUCCCGAAGCAGGGUGAAAUUCUAUCCCGAAGCAGGGUGAAAUUCUAUCCCGAAGCAGGGUGAAGGGGCUAAGAUCCUUGAUGAAAUAUUGUUUCCAAGACCCUUAACAUUCAUUUCUACGAACUCCUUACAAUUUUGAUGCAAACGUCCAGCAUAUUAACCAACUUUACGACUCUAUGCUAGCAUUUAAACAGAUUUAGGUGGUAGAAAUAAACACAUGCCUGCAAGCCCUGGACUGUUAAAUAGUAGGGCUAGUUCAAAAAUUUGAUGCCAAGCAUAAGUAUAAGAUUUCGGUCUUGUUCAUCCAAAAGUCUAAUUUCGAUGACUGAGAUUUCAGGAUUAAUUCUGGAUUUUAUCAUUCCUGUGUACAUGUUGCAUAAACAAUUUUUUGUCUACUGUCUUACUAUUGUACAUUAAGUCGUUGAAAUUGCCUUGCUUUCUAAUGGUUACCUAAAAAUGUUGUAUCCUGCUUAAUUUUACAACCAAAUGGUUCUCAAGAUAAAUCCAUCAACCGGAAUCAUGACUUCCUAAUUAUGUGGCUGCAGUCAACAUUUAUGCUUUUGUGGCAGUCAACAAGUUCAGACGCACAAUAAUUAUGUUGUUUUUUUCUAUUUUCUCCAUGUAAGCUGCACAGAAAGUGCCUAAACUAUUUUAUUUCAUACAACCAAAGAAAUAACCUAAUUUGUAUCCUAUUGUUAUCACAAAAAGGUUGUUUUCUGGCUCAAAAUUGAUUAAAUAAUUAAUAUUAUUAUAUAUAUAUAUAUGUUGUGUACUUGCUAUAGAAAAAUGUAUACAAGAUUAAGUUGUUAAGUUGCGAAACACAAUGUGAACAUUAACUUGUAGCUCUAUGUACAUAAAAAAAUGCAGUCACGUUUUAAGUCACUUUGCAAAUUAGUAUUUAAACUUCGCUUAAAGUCAUUUGCAGAAAAAAGAAUUGAAUCAACUUGAAGGCUUACUGAUUAUUGCAUAACCCAUUCUGUUGACCAAACAAAUAAUUUUCCAUGAAAUAGUUCUUUUUGCAAGUACAUAAUAUUUGUAAAUGACAUGUACUGAUCACAGGGUCUCCCAAAAAUUAGAGCAAUUUAUGCAAAAGUAUAAAUAAAAUAAUUCUGGUAAAAAUCAAGUCUCUCAGUAGCACUGUGUUGAUUGAUCAAAAUUCACUGGUCUAAUGUCAGAAUCCCCUGGAAUUCUGGUGAAAAAAAGGUUAAAAUGCCCUGGAAUUCUGGUAAAAAAAUGUCAAAAUCCCCUGAAAUUCUGGGUGAAAAAAGGUCAAAAUCCCCCUUUUCUCUGGGAAAAAAAUGGCAAAAUCCUCUGGAAUUCUGGGGGAAAAGUCAAAAUCCCCCUUUUUUUCUGGAAAAGAAAUAUGUCAAAAUCCCCUGGGAUAGUCUUCAGGAAUUGGCAUGUAAACAUUGUGCACUAAAAGUAGUCUACAAGUACUCGUACAAGAAAUGUUUCGCAACCUCGAUUAUAAAUAACUAAAUCUCAAUAACAUUUAAUUGCUUCUUCGAUUUAAAUUAAGUACAUUUCGGCUAAAGUGUUUUAAGGUUAACCAAGUUAGACAACUGUGCAAUAUUAACACUACAAAAGUAGGGUAUAAAUGUGUUACACUAUUUUUAUUUACACUUGUUGUUUUUCUUUAUAUUACAAGGUAUUGAAAAUACUUAAUUAAUUUAUAUCUUUACAACUAUAAAUGAUUAACAAUGCUGUGAAAUUCUUUUGAAUUAUAUUAUUUUAAGUUGUUUCUGGUAUUUCUCACUUAGUCAUACAUAAAUUUCAUGUAUUUAUAUUAGAUGCUGUUGUAAGUGGACUAUAUUAUGUCUAGCGGACUCAAAAUGAAGUUUAUUUUAUCUUCAGUUUACGCAGACAGCAACUGUAGAAUGUAGUAUUUAGGUUAUAUCAUUAGUGCUUGUUUAAAAUUUAUUUAAUCGUCAACUAGUGUAUCUUGUAGCCCCCACUAAGGGGGGAAAAAGCUUAGAAUAAAGACUUAUUAUAUGAAGGAUUCGGGUGAAAUUACAAAUAGUUCUUUAUGAUUACACGUCUGUAACGCAUGCAUUAUUGUGUUUAAUUUUCCCUUAAGUGUCUAUAUAAUAUUGUUUCUGAUCAAAUAAGACUGGAAAACAAAACCACAUCUGUCCUAAUCUCCAUCAUCUUUAGAGCCUUAAGUACUUUAUUAAAAUCCCAUUUUAAUGCAGUGUAAACGUGUGCAACUGAAUACACUGUACAUAAAUGCAACUGUUACUAUGUCAUUAAUAUCUACUAUUAUAUGAUACAAAAAAAAUCAUGUUUAAUUAUAAAACAUUUUUUUGUGCUAUUGGGGUAGUCCACGUGUAGAUAAUGGAUCAGGGUCAGGCAUAAUAAGUAUGUUGUUUAAACGAACACGUAUUUAUACUGAGUUUCAGAAGACAUGUUCUCGGUUAGAAGUGAAGCCAGUCAUAUUCACUACAGGUUUCUUAAACAACAGGCCCCAAUUUCUCGAAACUUCUUAAGGUUAACAGCUAGGCUUAGGUAGCUUAUUUGAAUUAGAUAAAAUACAUACUGAAAUUGAAUUUUGAUACAUGAAAAAUGGUAAUUUGCGAUCAUCAUAAUCAUAAUUCCUAUUCAAGGUAUAAAAACUCUUAAAGAAGUAAAUAUUAUGCAAAUUAUUGAAAAACAAAAAUAGUGAGCUUAGCUUAACCCUGUUAUAAGGGACUUAAUGAGUUUCGAGAAAUUGGAGCCAGGACUGUCCAUCUAUAUUUAUAUGGGUUUCUUAAAUCCAGGAUUAAUUCUGAAAAUUGAGAGCUUUUGACUUCGUACAAUUCAGUUGUAAAUACUAUUUUUAGCUCAGAAAUGUACAUCAAAAGCAGUAGGAAAUAUCUUUAAAUAAAUAUAAACAAUUUCAAAGGGGUCUAAGCCUCUUGACCCUGCUAUAGGCAUUAAUCCCUCAUACCAAAACAGACUCCCUUUUUUCAAGAUUGACAUUUAACAGCUGUUAGAAACCACUGACAUAAGCUUGCUGCAUGUACAUAAGGCAUAUUAUCAAUAAAUGAAAAUGAAUUGUAUUCAUAACAUAUAAAUAAACUUUGAAGCUGCUCAUGACUGUACAGGUUAGCUUUAUUUCGAGUGAUAAAGUGAAAAGUGAAUAUUUCAGUAUGUCAAACAAUUAUGAAUGGACUUGUAUGUAAAGAAUUUAGGAACAGUGAAUUGAUAUCAUUAUCACAGAGUUGUGUUUGUUACAUUGAAUUUCCUUAUAUAGAUUAUGAUUUAUGAAUAUAUACUAAACAUAGAUAUUACUUAUGUUGCUGCUUCAUGUUCAAUGCCAUACUGGUGUUAAACUUAUUGUUUGCUAAGGAUAAGAUUGUCGUUCAUUUGAACAGUGUUUUUUGUCAUCUGUAACUAUAUGCAUCAUGCCGCUUUCUUCAUGGAUAAAUAAAUCUUCAAUCGCU